AUGAAGCACAGGCCUUCUGUAUGUCCUCCAAGAUCAACUACAAGACACAAUCCAUACACUGAUCCAGAAAAUCAUAUUUGGUCUCCACAAUACACUGAUCUUGAUAAACCUGAAACACUUGCAAUCAAUCCAAGUUAUAUACCUGUUCCAAAACGGAGCAAAUUACCUUUUACACCAUCAAAUGAUCCUGUUCUUGAUGACAGUGAAAGAGAAUUGCAAGCUAAAGCGAAAAGAUUGGCCCGAUUUAGAGACGAAAAGAUAUGUGUCCAGUACACUAGGACAACUGAGAGGGAAGCUGCACUGAUAAGACCAAUGGCAAUCCUGCAAAAGACAAUGGAGUAUCUUUUAAACUUGUUGGAUCAAUCCUAUGAUGAUCGAUUUCUUGGUUUAUACAACUUUUUAUGGGACAUAAUGAGCGCAAGGAAUUUUUUAAUAUCAAUUGCAUCUCAAAUGUCAAGGCCAAAUCUAGGUUUAGAUGAACGAGUUGUUCAGUUACCUGUUCAGGUAAAGUUGAUGGAAGAAAGGAAUAUGAAGCCACUUGAUUUAAAUCUUGUAGCAUUAUCAGCAAGAUGCAGUAAAGACUUGGAGUUGAAUUUGGCUAAGUCAUUAUUGUGUGAGAUGGGCCAAUGUACAACUGCUUAUCCAUAUAAUCAGCUGUUUGGAGCAUUAGUCUUAAAGAAUUAUGAAAUGCAAGAUGCAACUUUACUUAGUUGGAAUUUGAUAUACAUAGUAGAUUAG